GCCCAGCAGGGAAACCCUGACUCCUCUCAACACCUGACUGCAGAAGCUGAGACUGGAGAAGCUGACCUCGCUCUGAAGCUGCAGAUCAGGAGAAGAUGGAAAUAAAAGAAGUGUUAAAUUUGGCGCGGAUGCCGUCCAUCCUCAUGCUCGGCGUGGUUUACGUGGCCUACGUGCUGAUCGGUGGCGUGAUUUUCUGGAAGCUGGAAGGCGAGCUAUCACGGACGGACAUCAGUCAGAUACUGAAUAACAAACAGAGGCUGUUCAAAACAUACACCUGUCUGAACCAGGAAGGCCUGCAGGAUGUGGCUCAGAUGGUUCAAGCUGCAUCAAAGGCAGGAUUAAGUUUAAAAGGCAACUAUACCACGGAGGGCUUCUGGAAAUUCACCAGCUCUGCUGUGUUUGCUGCAACGGUGGUCACAACUAUAGGUUACGGUAACAUGAGUCCCAGUUCGACUGCUGGUCAGAUCUUCUGCGUGUUCUUCGCUCUGUUUGGUAUACCGCUGAAUGUGGUGGUGCUCAACAGAGUGGGGAAGUACAUGCUUGCUAUUGAGAGAAACAUCUCUGACUUCCUGCAAGAGAAGACCGGCCGCAAGAAAUGUACACGCUUUUUUGUCCAUCUGAUUUCCUACAUCUGCGGAGCCGUUCUCUUCUUUGUCGUGCCCAUGAUCGUGUUCCAGCUGCACGAGGGCUGGACCUACUCCCAGGCCAUCUACUACUGCUUCAUCACCCUCAGCACCAUUGGCUUUGGAGAUUUUGUGGCAGACAACAAUCCCGACAGAAGUUACCCAGACUGGUACAGCGUGCUCAUGGCCUCCUGGAUCUUCUUCGGCCUGGCCUGGCUCGCGCUGGUCAUCAACCACUCAAUAGACAUCCUGGAGCGACUCAACACCCACUUCAGACAGCGGUGGUGUCAUGAGCCCCAGGAAGAGUCUGGCAGUGGGAACGACAACAACCCUGAAACUCAGGUCGAGGAUGUAGAUGGCCUCAAGAAGCCUCCAGAGACUCAGUAAUCAACCAAGAAGGGGAAAGUUUCAGAGAAGCAGCCUAGAAAUCAUUAGCUCUCUUAUUAGAAUUUGGAAAGUACAGAUAUCAUUGCAGGCCGUGAAAAAAAUGUGUGUUUAGAUAUUGUAAAUAUUAUGAGCAAAUCAUGAAGUGUUAGUUGAUACGUGACCGAGGAAAGGUUAUCUGAUUCGCUUCAAAGCAGGGCAGUUAGAGGAUGUAGUUUGUUUUCAGGUUUUUAAUUCAAAACAUGAUGCAUCUAAUGUGGAAUCUUGAUAAUAAGUCAAGAUUCCACAUUGAAAACAGUGAAAAGGGCGCUGUGACCCCACAGACCCAGAUCGGUCUGGGCUACAAUGUCUGACUGAACCCCCGCCCCCACCCACCCCCAAAACCCACUGCUAUUAACAGACCUGUAAACAGCUCCCAGUUAAUUAUUUUGACCCAAAUCCCAGUAGCAUCAUCCAGCCUUCUCGUCUCUGUCCUACUACACAACAUGGAGCAUUGACACUUCCUCUAAGCAGCGUAAGUAAAGCUCUAAUACCUUCUUUAAAAGAUGCAAGACUCACGGAGCACAAGGAUGGAGUCAAAUCAAGUAGCUGACUCCACCCCUUAAAACCAGCUACUGUGACCAGAGCUGUGAAGACAUGUUGAAGGGUAGCUGUUAUACUGCCUCCUUGUGGUACUUUGACCAAAACAUGUGACAGACAUUUCAUCAGGGACUCUAUGAAGUAAUACCACUUCUGACCACAUGGAGGCAUGUAGUUUAUGCUGUGAUUU